AUGACAGAAACCUCACAUCCUGAUGCUAUACAAAAGAAACGGAGACGGCGUUGCUUCGUCGUCGCCGGAGGAAUUCUUUUCGUGGUUCUGUUGAUACUCAUCGUAAUUGUCAUCUUAGCAUUGACGAUUUUUAAGGUUAAACAACCGAAAGUUGAGCUCGUAUCGGCUUCGCUAAACGGUAUCGCUCCGCGAAUAUCGUUUCCGCUUAUGAAUGUCCAACUUAACAUCUCCCUUGAUCUCGAACUUCUUGUUAAUAAUCGGAACUAUGCGAGUUUCAAACACGGGGUUGGAAAAAGUUUUCUUAUGUACCAAGGCAAGCAGGUAGGAGAAGCCGAUCUGUCUGCGGGUCUCAUUCCGUCUAGAGGAACGGUUACGCUUCCUUGUCGGCUGACGAUUCAGGUGGAUGAGUUAGCGUCUGAUAUGGGAAACUUGAUCCGGGAUAUAAUGGCGGGUCAGCUCGUAAUGGAAACACACACGACGAUUCCGGGUAGGGUUACCAUCUUGGGGUUUGUAAAAAAGCAUGCUGUUGCUAUUUCUGAUUGUAGAUUUACAGUUGCUUUUCCUUCUAUGGAAAUUCUAAGCCAGCAGUGCAAGAGCAAGACCAAGACCAAGCUUUGA